AUGUACACAAGUAACUGGAGGCAUACACAAGGUGGAUGUGGUGGCGUUGUUAGCGACACCUCUAUGGAAUCUGGUGAUUGGAGGUCUCAGCUGCCAGCAGACUCACGACAAAGGAUCUUGAAUAGGAUUAUGGAUGCCUUGAAGAGUCAUAUUCGAGUCUAUGGAGAUGAGGGGCUAAUGAAAAUAGCUGUCAACUUUGAAGAGACAGUGUAUAUAGCUGCAACAAGUCAGUCUGAUUAUAUGCGGAAGAUAUGCUUCAAGAUACUGACUAUUGAAACCAGAUCACAAAAUCUUAUGCUAGACACUAAUAGUGUAAACCCCUUUGAUCCAGCAUCGUUAGAUUCCACAAAUUGUGAAGAGUGGCAAGAGGAACUGUAUGAAAAGAUAAAAGCUAUGAAGGAUCUGUAUCUACAAGAUUUGAAUGAGUUGAACCUGAAAAUUCUUCGCAGAUUGCAGCAUAAUGAUUUUCAUCCUCAUCAACUGAACAACGAGCAACUUGAGAAGCUAAAAGUGUUCAAAAACAUGUUGGAACGUUUCAUGGCAUUCUUACAAAUCCAAAAGCACAACAUUUUAGUUAGCUACAAAGACAAACUGACUACUUAUGAGAAGCAAAUUGUCCAUCUCAUCACCUCAACUCGAAGGAAACCUGUGCACAAUUGA